AUGCGCCGGAAAUGGAAAUUCGAGAUCGCGGGAAUGUGGAGAUGCGAUCGAGGUCUGUUUGAGGGGAGAUGGGGAGGGUUCUCAGGUGGGACGGUGAGGGUGAAAGCCGGGGAAGAAGAAGAGUCAGAAGAAGAGAAGACGGGAAAGAUGCAGUCUAAGAAGGUCGCAGACAUCGAUGCGGCGGCUGUGCCGGAGAGGCGAUAG